UACAUCUUUAAAAAGCAUCAUGGCCGCUGGUGGUACCUUCUGAGGGGUUAGAACGCGCAUAAAUCCCAUUCACGAAAAUAAAUCACGAAUUUAGUUCGCAAAAAUCGAAAAGGACGAGUCUGACAGAUCACUGAUUUAAAAAUGCCAGCUGUUCCGGGUGGAGUUUAUCAGCAAGGACCAUCCUGUUGGGACAGGAUGAAGAUGGGUUUUGGGAUAGGUUUCUGCGUGGGGAUAGCAUCGGGUGCCCUUUUCGGAGGAUUUUCGGCGUUGAGGUACGGCCUACGGGGUAGAGAAUUGAUAAAUAACGUGGGGAAGACGAUGAUACAGGGCGGGGGCACCUUCGGAACAUUCAUGGCCAUUGGCACAGGCAUCAGGUGCUAGUAUCAGCUAUAUUACGAGAUAAAAUAUUUACCUUGUCUUAGACUGAGGAGCUGUAUAAUAUAAUUACUAAAUUCACUGUUGAAAUAUAUAAUAAAGGACUUAAUAAAGUGUAA